AUGGCUAUCUCAGUUGAAUCUAACAUGAAUAAUGUAUAUGCAGGUGUUACUGUUUUGCUUGUAGAUGGUGAUUCAACAUGUGUCAUUAUCCUAUCAAAGAUGCUUAGAAGCUUUGGCUAUAAAGUGGUGACAACUAAACGAGCAACCGAUGCACUUUGCAUCAUACGUGAUCAACAACACAAAAUUGACCUUGUCCUAACGGAAGCUUGCCUCCAUGAUAUGGAUAAAUAUGAGCUACUUGAGACCAUAAGGAACAUAUCUAGCCUUCCUAUUAUUGUCAUGUCGACAGAUUAUGAUCGGAACGCCGUGCUAGGUAGCCUCUUCAAAGGUGCAGCGUUGCACCUUGAGAAACCAAUCACCAUGGAUGACAUUAAGAACCUAUGGCAAUUUACAUUAAUUAAGGGACGGGAAAUUAAUGUACCGAUUAUUGAAGCUAAAAGUUGUAUCAAGGAGGUAUCAUCAAUGGAGAGUGCGUUGGGUGUUGUCGUUGAUGGGAGGCGGAAUCUUCGGGACGAGAAAAGGAAACGACCACUCGAAGUGGAGAAUGAUAAGGAGGGAGAUAAUUGGGAUCAAGGUUCUUCAACUCUAAAGAAGCCAAAGCUAAUUUGGACUAAUGAGCUACACAAUAGGUUCCUUCAAGCUAUUGACAUGCUUGGUAGUGAAGCUUAUCCAAAGAAAAUACUUCAGCUUAUGAAUGUCCCUGGAUUGAGGAAAGAAAAUGUUUCAAGCCAUUUGCAGAAACAUCGUCUCUCAUUGAAACGCCAACAAGAAGCAAUUCUAAACACCAUAAGCUCCACUGAAUCACAAGCAGCAUCGCAUCAUGCCUUGUCUGAAUUCAGUCCACGAAAUGGGUUUCAUCUUUUUACAGACACAACACAAACAACGUCAGUUGCAGAACAACAUGGUUAUAUCAAUGGUCUGGUUCAAGACAAUCUUAAUGGUUAA